GUCAGCCCCGCGAGUUUCCAUCAAAGAAGGAAAAUCCUUAAUACCACAAUAUAAUUAAAUUAUAAAUACAACACAAUUAAUUAAGAGUUAAUUAGAAAUUAAUCUCUACGAAAAUUACUUUUAGUGCUUAUACCGAGAAAAAAACAACAACAACCGCAUCAACAACAACAAACCAAAUAACAACAGAAACAAUGGACGAAUGCAAUUCGACGCGUCAAGUGAAUUAAGCGAUUUUUAAAGCUUUACGCUAAAUGAAUUUUGAAUUUCCAAAGUGUUCACUUGUGUGUGCAAAUUAAAUUACGCAAAUCAAAUAAAUGUUUUAACGAAAAAGAAAUAAAUGUAAUAGGAAAAAAUUAAGAGAGGCAAAAUCAAACAAAAAUGUCGCUCAAAAAGUACCAACUACAGUGUAAAUAAUUCAACGAAAAAACAUUUUGCACAAAGCAUAGAUAAAAUUGAAAAUAUUUCAGAGCAAAAACGCAACAAGAAAUAAAAUAACAUGUUUAUUUUAACGGUAAUUAAAUUGCUCCUGAUAGCACUAAAUAUAUUUCCCAGUCGAUUCACAAAUCGACGGAUUAUGUUCCUCAUCUACAUGACAAAUCUGGUGACACACGUCAUGAUGGAUGAGCCACGUUUUGCCCAGCCGAUACCAAACGUUACUGUCGCCGUGGGUCGAGAUGCCAAUCUGCCCUGCGUUGUGGAGCAUUUGGGGGGCUACAAGGUGGCCUGGAUACACAUAGACAGGCAAAUGAUACUAACGAUUCACCGACAUGUGAUAUCGAGGAUUCCGCGAUACAGCAUCACCUACACCGACAACACGUGGUUGCUGCACGUCAAUCAGGCUCAUCAGGACGAUCGCGGCUACUAUAUGUGCCAGGUCAACACCAAUCCGAUGAUUAGCCAAGUCGGCUAUCUACAGGUGGUGGUACCGCCAAACAUUUUGGACAUUGAGAGUACGCCAUCCUCGGUGGCGGUGCGUGAAAAUCAAAACAUCAACAUGACUUGUCGGGCAGAUGGCUUCCCGGCCCCAAAAAUCAUUUGGCGUCGUGAGGAUGGCGAGGAAAUUGCCGUCGAGAAGAAGAAAAAAGUUCUCGUGUACGAUGGCGAUGUUCUGCCACUGACCAAAGUGAGUCGCAAUGAAAUGGGCGCCUAUCUGUGCAUCGCCACCAAUGGAGUACCGCCCUCGGUGUCCAAACGGAUCAUUCUGGAUGUGGAGUUCUCACCCAUGAUUUGGGUGCCGAAUCAACUUGUUGGCGCUCCAUCCGGCACAGAUGUAACCAUCGAUUGCCACACGGAGGCGCAUCCCAAGGCCAUCAUCUAUUGGGUAUACAACUCGGUGAUGGUAUUGCCGAGCAAGAAAUAUAAGACCGACUACACGGAGAACUCCUAUCGUGCCCACAUGAAGUUGACGAUAAGAAACCUACAAUAUGGUGACUUUGGUAACUAUCGAUGCAUCUCGAAGAACUCGCUGGGGGAAACGGAAGGCUCCAUACGUGUUUACGAAAUACCUUUGCCAUCCACACCAUCCAAGCAGGUCACCCACACCACCGUCGAGUCCAGGGAGAACAAUAUCAUACCCUCAUCACGCAACGACACAACGAAAUCCCUGCAAACGGAUGUGGGAUAUGCCAUGAAGAACGAUUUAUAUCCUGGCUCGGCCUCCUCAUCAUCAUCGGGGGGCAGUUCCUCGGCGGCCUCCUCGUCCUCGACUUCCAUGCAGACCUCCGCAUUGCCAGGAGGUGCGGCGGGAAAUAGUCUAUCGUCUGUCGGCUCCAAGGGAUCCCUGGCGAUAGGCAAGAGCAUGUUCUACACGGAACGACCACCGAAUGAGUACUCCUCGUCAGUGGCUGGCCUGCUGCUUCAUAGAGCACUGCUGCUGGGCUCUGGAUUCUAUCUGGCCCUGCUUUGAAAUCAAUAAAUCGUUUGAGUUACUCAAUAAGCAUUUAGGAAAUGCAGCCAAAGGGGGUCUUGAAAAGGGGGAAUAGUUUAGGAACAUCAACAUAUUUCAUAGCUGAAAGAAUAUCAAAAACGAAUAAUUAUAAUAAACAACACAAAUGCUUCAAACUUGGCUCACUUCAAAGCUAUAGAAAUUUGUAAAAUUAUGAAAAACGAAAUACAAAACUGAAAAAGUAUUUUGCAAAUCAAUAAAAUGCUCAUUGUAUGUAUAGUAUUAAUGAAGUUCUAAGCUUAAGAUAAACCACUGCAUCAUACUAAAAAAUGGAGUAAAAUAUGAAUUGUACAAUAUUUAAAUUUAAACUUAAAAUUUAAUGUAGAAUGGAGAUUGAAUGGUAUAUAUUUAUGAUUUUUUUAAAGCGCCCAAAAGCAAAGCUUUUCAAGAGCGAUUAUUAUUAUUGUUAUGUUUACUUUCACUUUCAACAUAUCCCAGAAAACGAUAUCCUGAUGCUUAACUUACUCAUAUCACGAUUAAAAUUGUUCACUUUGUUUUGGAAUUAUACAUAUCUGAAACUCAUAUGCGUUAAAUAGCUUUUUUAUCCCUUUGGUAUUUCUUUUGCAAUUAAUAUUAAGUUUUACAAUAUGUAGUUUAUAUUAAUUUAGAGAUAUCUUCCCAGAUCAGUUAAAAAUAUUAAAUGCUGGACUGCAAUUAAAAAAGUUAAAAACCACGACCUUUAAAAAGCGGAUAUCUUCGUUCGAUCCGUGACAAACUUGUCUACCCCUUUUUGAGCAGAAGCAAAAAAUUCCAAUUUAUUUAAUGAAGGAAAAAGUCAAUGGCAUGUCAAGUCAGCCACGCCCCCUUAACGCCCUACCAGGGCUUGGCAUUUUGUUGCCAUGUGGCAUUUAAACGCCUUGAAAAUCUCAUUCAUUUUUAUCGUUUCCCUGCUGUCGGUGCUAUGGUAAAAAUUUGCAAUAAUAAUUUGCAAUGCCUUGAUUUCGUUUCCUGGCUUUCGGCCUCGUCAUCGUCGUCAUCGGCUUUUGUGCACUUCCAUCACUUUUUAAUAAAUGUGCAUGCUAAUUAUAUUAUUACCCAUACGACCCGUUGCCAUGUGUCCUGUCCGCCUCACCUUUCACCGCCUCGACCCCUCGCCCCCUUGACCCCUCGUCCGUGCGAAAUACUUGCAAUUAAUUUCAGCAUAAAAUUGCGUGGCCUGCGGUCUCCUGGCCCCGCACAAUGACACACAGUUAACAUGUCCAAUUUAUUGGCCAUAACUCAUGCCCGGGCAAAGGGAGUGAGUGAGAAGGAUCUGGAUCCAGAGACAGACAGCAGCGAUAUCGACGGGGCAAAGAAAAAUGACAUUAAGGCCAGAAGAUAUAUGGCCCAUUUGCAUAUAGGUUCAUGUAUAUGUAUAAACAUGCAGGCGAAAAGCGGAGAGUUGCGGGUUAAAGGCCUGCCAAUUUGCUGUAUUUAUGCCUCGGCGUCGUUGCACGAUUUUAAUAAUUCAACUUGUGUUGCAUAAAGUUUGCAUUGACAUAAACAUAAUGAACGAUGGAAAACCGCAUGCGAAAUUGCCUUUCUCCGCCGGGCCAGAGGUCCCAUUUCCAUCCUCUUGCCCUUUCGUUUAUUAACAUUGUUAAUGCCGAAAGAAAAAAAGCACAUUCAGCGUUGAAAAUAUUGAUAAUCAACAUUGUGCCCUGGAUGUGUCGACGUCCUGACAAUAACAAAAUUAAUGCAUUUUAUUUAAUUUCCCCCGCAGACGGGGGACAGGAAAGUAAGGUCGCCUGUGCAGUUAACUCGAACAAUGCAGCUAAUUAAGCAUUAUAAAUUCAGCUGGAAAGACGACAGGCCAAGGAUAUAUGACAAUCUUGUGGGAGUCGUAGAUUUUCAUGCUGUCGAAAAUUUAUCAAUAUUUAUGUAUUUAUUUAAUAUUUAUAUUGCCUGAAUAAUAAACGACAUUUUCACCCAGUUUGUAGUGCUCAUUUGGGGCUUCAAUAAUUUGCUCGUCAAAUGUUUACGAAAUUCAACCACACAUUUUAUCUUAAUUAGUAAAUUGUGCUAAUUAAAAUUUUAGUUAUGUUUGUAAAUAAAUCCAUUGAGGUCAUAACCAUAUUUUCGAUGUAACCGAAUACAGCUGUAAAUAAAUGUUGAGCAUUUUAGUUGCGUGUAAAUAUGAUAAAGUAUAAUUAAAGCAUCACCAAUUCACUUCAUAAAAUAACAAUUAAGUCAGCCAGUAAAUAAUUUAAAAUAUAUUAGUCAAAGCUCUGUCAAAUAAUUAACAAUACCAAAUGAAAAGUAUGUAAAGUUCGUAAAACUAGGACAUAAUUAAUUAACUCUUACAUGGCAAGUAAACCAAAAAAUACAUGAGAAAAAAUAUAGCCUAUACAAAGUAAUUAUAUUGUUUGUUGCCUGUAUUUCAAAAAUUAGCUGAACAUCAAAUGAAUAAUGUGUAAAAUGUUAAAAGCUUUUUGUGCAAAUAAAAAUAUAAGAACGGAUCUGUUUUCCUAUAAACAUGUUGGCAUAGUGUAAAAUAAAUAAACAGGAAUUAUAACUAAAGCCAAAGUAUUUAACUGUGAAAUAUUUUUAAAUUAUUUUGGAAACCUUUAUAGUUUUCUUGAGUUUUUGUUUUCAUGUUGUUUUUCUGUUGUUAUUUGUUAAUUGCUAACUAAGCUACUUAUAAGCUCAUAAGAAAUUUUAAGAAAUUUGUCUUACAAAUUAGUGGACCACUUUCUUUUUAAAUUUAAUUCAUUUAACAAAAAAAUUGUUUGCAAAAUAAGUAAUUUGAGCUGGUUUAUCAACGCUAAACU